AGAGAGAGGGAGGCAGAGACACAGACAGAGGGAGAAGCAGGCUCCUCGCAGGGAGCCUGAUGUGGGACUCAAUCCUGGACCCUGGGAUCAUGCUCUGAGCUGAAGGCAGACACUCAACUGCUGAGCCACCCAGGUGUCCCUCUUUCAUGAUUUUUAAUGGCCUCAUGUUUAACGCUUCCUCUGCCGAUGGACAGUUCCUGUUGUCUGCUAUUUUGAUAUUCUUGUGUUUGCUUCUUCCAGGGUCUUUCUAAUCACACUAACAGGGAUCUGGAACACCCUUCUGAUGGCCAAGGCAUUCCAGGUUCUGUGUUGGAAUGCUGGGGCCUCUUCUAGAUUACGCAGUGGUAGCAGUGCCCCCAGGUUGGAGCCUCUGGGGCCUGUGGGGCUGGGCUGGGUGUAGAGUUCUGUGGAUGCUGUCAGCUUGCUUGCUGUCUGCAUAUUCCAGAUUGGACAGAGGUGGGUGGACUCAGAUAUCAUUGUCUUUUGAUAUUUAAGUUGCUCAUCAAUGGUUCUCCUUAGAUGAAGAGGAAGAAUGUGCUGGUGGAGGGCACUGGUCCAUAGACACAUGAUAAAUUCUGACUUGAAAAAACAGAUUUUCUUAAACUACGACUGUAAUUGUAUAAAAUAUUUUUGGAAAAAAGUAACCGUAUUUUAUUUAUAAAUUUAUUUAUUCGUGAGAGACACAGAGAGGCAGAGACAUAGAGGGAGAAGCGGGCUCCUCGCAGGGAGCCCAACUUGGAACUUGAUCCCCGGACCCGGGAUCACACCCCGAGCUGAAAGUGGAUGCUCAGCCGCUGAGCCACCCAGGCAUCUCAAGUAACUAUUUCAGAUUAUACCCAAAUGACGCUUAGCAUCCUUGCUAUAUACUCAACGUGGGUGAGUAUGGGACAUUUCAGCCCCUAAAGCAGCCUCUGGUGAGCACAAGAAGGGGCUCUUCCUGAACUUGUGCAUGAUACCUCAGCCCUGUGGUGACUGGAGCAGCUUGUGUUUAUUUACUGUUGCUUCACUUGAAGAGUUUUUAGUGUCAGAUCUAAUAUAUUUAUGGUGAAUGUGAUUCUGAAAAUACUUUUAUCAUAUAAAGCAUAAUACCCCACUUCUUUUCCUUGAGAGCCUCAUCGUGGUUUCUGUCGAUUUCCAGGCCCUCAGCCUGUCUGCCCCCCUUGAGCAGGGGCUAUUGUCCCUCCAGCGAGGCGGGCGCAAGUUUGUCUCCCUCGUUGGCUGGGAAACCCUCAGCCCAAGCCCCUCUGCUCACCACAGCUUCCCUGUGGAGUGUGGCUCAUCUCCAACUGUAGCUGUGGAGUCCUCACUGAUGACCACACAGCCAUUCCCUGGAUGGUCUGGGCAGAUCAGAAAGUGUGGCCUCCAUCCCGGUUUAGGCACAUGAUAGACACUCAGUUCGAGUUAUUCCUCUGAUGCUCUGGCUUUCGAGACUGAGCACAGAUUGGACCCCGUGUUUGAUUCUCCAAGAAUGUCCCGCCGUAGUUUGCGGCUGGUCACUACAGCAUGUGCCACGGAGGAUGGCCAGGCUAGGGACAUUCACUCCUGCGCCAGUAGCACUGCCUCCCUGAAGGACAGAGCGGCCCGAACAGUAAAGCAACGCAGAAGUGCAAGCAAACCAGCUUUCAGUAUUAAUCACACCUCGAGGAAGGUGGUGUCCUGUGGUGUGGGCCAGAGUGGCACUAGCACGCUGUCCAGUGCGGCCUGUCUCCGGCCUCCUGUGCUGGAUGAGUCUCUGAUCCGUGAACAGACCAAAGUGGACCACUUCUGGGGUCUUGACGACGAUGGAGAUCUUAAAGGUGGAAAUAAAGCUGCCACUCAGGGAAAUGGGGACCUGGCAGCAGAAGCCGCCAGAAGCAAUGGCUACACAUGUAGUGACUGCCUCUUGCUAUCCGAGCGCAAGGACACACUCACAGCACACUCUGCCACCCACGGGCCAUCGCCACGGCUCUACUCAAGGGAUCAGGGUCAGAAACGCGGUGCCCCUUUCCACAUGGAUAGGAUUUUGUGGCUGGCCAAGGACACUUCGUCAUCCUUGUCAUCAUUCUUAGUCCAACUUUUUCGAGUGGUUUUAAUGAAGCUCAAUUAUGAAUCAGAAAAUUCCAAAUUGAAAAGUUAUGAAUCAAAAGAUCCUGAAUCAAAAAGUUAUAAGUCAAAAAGCCAUGAAUCAAAAGCUCAUUCCAAUCACUGUGGGACAGUGAAUGUAGGAGGGCUUCUCAGAGAGGACGGCCAGCUCAGUGUGCAUGGGGAGUCCAUGUGCAAUGACUCUAAGGGGAAGGAGCUCCUUGAGAUGCACAGAGCUAUCCGCCAGCAGUCCUCAAGUCCAAAAAGGGUGACAGGGGCCAUUUGGCACAUCUUUUCUUACACAGGUCACCUGUUGGUGCAGAUGCUGCAAAGGAUCGGAGCUUCUGGAUGGUCUGUGUCGAAGGCACUGCUGUGCGUUCUUUGGUUGGCCAUGGUCGCUCCAGGGAAGGCAGCCUCUGGAAUAUUCUGGUGGCUCGGGAUUGGAUGGUACCAGUUUGUUACCUUGAUUUCGUGGCUGAAUGUGUUUCUUCUUACAAGGUGCCUUCGAAAUAUCUGCAAGUUUUUAAUCUUGCUCAUUCCACUAUUACUUUUACUAGUUGGUUCCUGUCUCCUUCCAGGUGGUGGUCUGUCCUUGUGGGGCCAAGGGGACUUCCUUUCAGGCCUGCCUGUGUUCAACUGGACACGCAUAUAUGGUACCCAGCGGGUGGACAGCCCCGAGAGCAUGUUCACACCUGACGCUUCUCAGCUGAGCCAGGAUGGUGAGGUUUUCCACCAACAUCGGAUGAGCGAGGUAGAAAGGCAGAUGACCUUGCUGUCUGGACAGUGUCACAGCCAUGAAGAGAAGCUCAGAGAACUGGCCACUGUACUUCAGACACUGCAGGCACGGGUGGACCAGAUGGAUGGUGAUGGCGAGGCGACACUGUCCUUGGUUCAGCGUGUGGUAGGGCAGCAUUUAAAGGAAAUUAGUGCCGAUGGGCUGUUGGACUCUCAGACUGACACCGUGACUUUCCGUCAAGAGCACGAAUUGCGCCUCUCAAACCUAGAAGACAUUCUUGGAAAGCUGACGCAGACGUCUGAGGCUAUCCAGAAGGAAUUAGAACAGACCAAGCUGAGAACAGCCAGUGGAGCUGAGGAAGAGCAGCGCCUCCUCUCUGUGGUUAAGCAUCUGGAAGAGGAGCUGGGUCAUCUGAAAUCAGAACUGUCCACUUGGCAGCAUUUGAAAACCAGCUGUGAGGAGGUUGAUACCAUACAUGGGAAGGCAAACGCCCAAGUCCGAGAAACUGUCAAACUCAUGUUCUCCGAUGGGGAGCAGGGUGGUUCUCUCAAAUGGCUGCUACAGACAGUUUCUUCUCAGUUCGUGAGCAGAGAUGACCUGCAGGUUUUACUACGGGAUUUGGAGCUGCAGAUCCUGAAGAACAUUACGCACUACAUUUCUGUGACAAAGCAGGUCCCAGAUUCUGAAACUGUAGUAUCUGCCGCAAACGAGGCAGGGAUUUCCGGAAUUACAGAAGCGCAAGCACGUGUCAUUGUGAACAACGCCUUGAAGCUGUAUUCCCAGGAUAAGACUGGCAUGGUGGACUUUGCUCUGGAGUCCGGUGGUGGGAGCAUCCUGAGUACACGCUGCUCUGAGACGUACGAGACUAAGACUGCGCUCAUCAGCCUGUUUGGGAUCCCACUCUGGUACUUCUCCCAGUCCCCCCGAGUUGUGAUCCAGCCUGACAUACAUCCAGGUAACUGCUGGGCAUUCAGGGGCUCCCAGGGGUACCUGGUGGUGAGGCUGUCUAUGAAGAUCCGCCCAACCGCCUUCACUCUGGAGCACAUACCAAAGACGCUGUCGCCCACGGGCAACAUCACCAGUGCCCCCAAGGACUUCGCAGUCUAUGGACUAGAAGAUGAAUACCAAGAGGAAGGGCAGCUUCUGGGACAGUUUACGUAUGAUCAAGAAGGGGAGUCACUCCAGAUGUUUCACGUUCCAAAAAGACCUGAAGGAGCUUUCCAAAUAGUGGAACUGCGGAUUUUCUCCAACUGGGGCCAUCCUGAAUACACAUGUCUCUAUCGGUUCAGAGUUCAUGGAGAACCCAUCAAGUAAAGACUCCCCUGUCAGUUCUUGUACAUUUGUAUAUACGAGGAUAGCCUCAAACACUGGAACCCUUCCCGCACCAGGGCACCUAGGGCAUUGGGGUGAUGCCACCCCUCAAUAAAUGCUGCCCAUUGCCGGUGGGAGCUGGCGCCCGGCUCACUCUUCUGUCCACAGGAAACACUGCAUGCCGAAUGCCUAGCUUCCCUGAGAUCCGCUGGCCACAGCCCAUCUCUGGGAAUCUGUCUGAACGUGCGGUUCACAAAGACAUGUAUGUUAUUUUGGGGAUUUGGUUUUGAACAUAAAGCUCUUGAUACUUGUAUUUUCUCACCAUCAGGAACAAAGUAAGUGAGGUUAGAGGUCAAAGUGUUGUUGAAGCUUUGGUAUUUAGCCUUUCACUGGCCCUUCUAAAGGACUUUGGGGGCAGACCUGUUUCAUCUGUUCCAUCCAGUGCACAUUUCUUUCAGGGAAAAACAUGUCACCAAAUUUCAGAGUUCUGAACUUUCUCUCCUGUUCAGCACCAGUAGUUAAUAUCAGUCCCAGGUGUGGAAUAACGGCUUCUCUGCUGAGUUUGCUCCUUCUCAGACAGACUUUUACAGGCUCAGUAUGGCUCAUGUGGUCCUGAGCUGGAAGCUGGUCUGAUGUAAAGGAGGGUGGUCUGGAUCUCAGCUCUGGUGAAUGGAGCAGGCAGGUCUCAGCAAGGCUCUGCCCAUGAUGAGGGUGACGGGGGGACAACUCUGGACCCCAGGAGCCCAGAAAUCCAAUCUUGGCGUGGCAUCAGGUUUUAAAUUUUGCUGCGAAGUUGAACACUAAUGUGCUCUCAGCCUUUCAGGUUCUCUGAGGAGACCAUCGAGUGUGGCUCACCAUUACACUGUAGGGUUAUCCUUUUUCUCACGGUGGCACUUUCUUCCUGGUUCUAGUUGGGAUUUGCCUCUUAACUACAACUUUUGGCCAUUCUCAAUUCCUGAGACUCGUUUUGUUAAUAAUAUUUAAUAUUUAGACUAUUUUACUGAGCAGACUUUAUAAAUAUUUGCAAGGCACUUAAAGUGUUACAGAUGUUUUAAAAAUUAUUUAAGUUUUAUUGGGUUAAGACCGUUCUUUCGGUGUUCUCAUAAACACUGUAUUUUCAGAAACAGAAAGUGAUGGUGCUGACUGGAGUUUUGUGUGUACUGCACAACUGUCCUCGACUACAUAAAGUAGCAUUUUUUUCACUAUUAGAAUUGGAAUUAAAUAAUGCCUAUGCAGUUAAGUUGGAUAAAAUGUAUACAGAUGUUUCAGAUAUUACAAGAUAAAUAUAUAAAUCAAAAUUUCCUAUAUAAAACUAAAUUUGGGAGUUGGGUGGAAAUAUUUUGAAUAUUUAUUUUUAAAGAUGCAAAAUAGGACUUUGUGCACGGUAUUUUUGUAAAUGCUUUUCAAAGUCUUUGGUAGUGCUUCUUUUGCCGCCACCAAAUUGAUAAGAUGCUAUUGAAAUGUUUAAAUAAAGAGUUUAAAUUUUUAAAAGUG